AUGCGCGGUGGCCGCCUCCUGCGAGCAUCGAGCCCGCUGCGCUGCGGCUGCGAGACGGCCCUUGCUGGGGCGCGGGGAUGCGGGGGGCGCGGGGGCGACGGCGUGGGCCUGGGGCGCUGCUGCGGACCGACCUCCAGGUGGGGGGGGCUGCUGGGCGCGGCGGGGGGCCGGGGGGGCGGCGGCGUGGGCCUGGGGCGCUGCUGCGGACGGACCUCCAGGUGGGGGGGGCUGCUGGGCACGAGGGGCGGCGGCGUGGGCCUGGGGCGCUGCUGCGGACGGACCUCCGGGUGGGGGGGCUGCUGGGCGCGGGGGGCGGCGGCGUGGGCCUGGGGCGCUGCUGCGGACGGACCUCCAGGUGGGGGGGCUGCUGGGGUCAGCCUCCAAGUGCUGGUCUUUAAAGCUCUUACGUGGUCCGUUCUAAGCAACGCCUGA